UUGUCUUGGGCGGGUUAGGCUCUCCAACAUUAUUUAUGUAAGCUGCACAAUGGUUUUAACUCACUUUGCUGUCAAGGUUAGUUCUGGAAUGCACCCAAGCUAACAGUGUCUUGGAAUAGCCUUAAGGUUCACAGCAAGUGAUAUCUGGAAACAUACAGAAGAAAAAAAAUCUGACAUUAAUAUUUAUCAAAAUUGAUUGCAGAAGAAGAAAACAGCUGGGCACACUUCCCUUUGCUGCUACUGUGUAAAUAGUUCAAUUUAUGUCAGGGAAGGGUGAAGUGUACCUGCCAGUUUAAUGGUAUGCUGGGCAGCACUUGGUGUGAGCUUUUCUGCAGAGAUCCAUGUACUGCUAGAACAAGCAGCUGUUGGCAGGAGGGUAGUAUGAAAGCUCUGGUCUCCUAGAAUUAUUAUAGCUUGCAGGAGAAGCUUGUCUCAUUUCUCUCUCUAGUUUAUUCCUCCUAAUUCACCAUAGAACUGAAGGGGAGAGGAUGCUAUGUGGAGCUGUGUUGUGGUGUGCAGGAUAAAGGAUAACAGACUGGGCUGUUCUCAGAAGGGAUUACAGUCUGCACUGUACAGAAAGAAAGAAAGGCAAAGCUUUGGACAACUCGCACAGACCAAAAAAAAAAAAACUGACUUCAUUCAGUACAGGGAUCAAGGGGCAGGUGGAAUGAAUGGGUGAGCUGCUUACUUUUCUGGAUGUCUACAGAGCAGGUCCUCCAGAGACCACAUUCUUGGAUGACACUCCACCUUGAGAAUACCUGGGAACCAGCAUCUGCAAAGCCUUCUACAUCCUAGCCAACAUUUGAGAUUGGAAUAAGUUUAGGCAUCUGCACCAUGUGACCAUAGGAAAGCAAGAUGAAAGUCUGAAGUUAUGUCAUGAUGGCUGGAGUCCUGCCGACAUAAGAUAAGACGUCACAUGUAGCCACCUCCCAAGACCCUGAAACUAGAGGCUAAAGAGAUUUCUGAAAAUCAUAAUGGAAUAUAGUGAAACUAUCCAUCAAAAGACACUAAGCAACAAGGACAAAAUAAAAGAUAAAUAAAAGAAGACAAUCAUUAAGAAUGCUGGACCAGAGAAUGAAGUGGACACUUCAGACACAUCUGUCCUUUUGGAUGAAACAUUGCUUAACAUCUAACAGCCAAUGCAAAAGUAAAAUUUGGGAUAAUAUGAAAGAUCUCACUCCAGUUGGAUUCAUUAAAAGGGGAUGGUACCUUCCAUUGCUGCUCACCUUUCUAGAUUUGAAACUAAAUGUUUCCAUUUAGCACAACAGCCUCCUUCAGAUAAUGAGCACUUUUAGCAGCACAGGAAUGUUGAUUGGCCUGACAACAGUCUCAGUUACCUUGGACAUCAGCAUACACAAUGGACUGAUGGCCUGGCACAUUAACAACAAUGUGACAUUAAACCAGAGUCUGCCCACAUCGGAUCCAGCCAAUGUGUCUGAAACGGAUGAGGUAUUCCGCCCAGCACUUGAUAAGAACUGGUAUGCUCUUUUGACUUUAAUUAUCAUUAUUUUAACAAUAGGAGGAAACAUUCUGGUUAUUAUGGCUGUGUCACUGGAGAAAAAACUUCAAAACGCAACCAAUUUCUUCCUCAUGUCACUGGCAGUGGCUGAUAUGCUUGUGGGAAUUUUAGUUAUGCCAGUUUCUCUCGUCACAAUUCUGUACGAUUAUGCCUGGCCCUUGCCACAGAAGUUGUGUCCUGUGUGGAUCUCAUUGGAUGUUUUAUUUUCUACUGCAUCUAUCAUGCAUCUUUGUGCUAUUUCUCUUGAUCGGUAUGUAGCAAUACGUAACCCCAUAGAGCACAGCCGAUUCAAUUCUCGCACUAAAGCUAUGAUGAAGAUUGGCGCUGUAUGGACUAUAUCAGUGGGUAUUUCAAUGCCUAUUCCAGUGAUUGGUCUUCAAGAUGACUCCAGAGUGUUUGUAAAUGGGAGCUGUGUAUUAAAUGAUGAAAAUUUUGUACUGGUUGGAUCUUUUGUGGCAUUUUUUAUCCCGCUGAUCAUCAUGGUAUUUACUUACUGCCUGACUAUUCAGGUGCUUCAGAAACAAGCUACUGUGUUCAUGUAUGAGGAAGUGCCAAAGCAGAGAAAAAACAGUUUAAGUGGGCUAAAGAAAGACAACAACACCGAAAACAUUUCAAUGAUCCAAAAUCAUGAGACUACUUCCCACAUGAACUCUCCAGUGAACAAAGAACUGGCUCUGUUUCGAAAGGGGACUAUGCAGUCAAUUAACAAUGAGCGCAGAGCUUCCAAAGUCCUUGGAAUAGUAUUCUUCUUGUUUCUCAUCAUGUGGUGUCCGUUCUUUAUCACAAACAUCAUGUCUGUACUUUGCAAAGAGGCCUGUGAUAAGGACCUCAUGGUGGAACUAUUGAAUAUAUUUGUUUGGGUUGGUUAUGUGUCCUCAGGAAUCAACCCGCUAGUCUACACACUUUUCAACCGAACGUAUCGAAGAGCUUUUUCCAACUACAUCCGCUGUCAGUAUCACAAUAGCAGAAAGACAAUACUGCAACAAAACCAGUGUCAUCAUAAUCCAGCAUCAACUGUUAUGUAUGGCAAGGACCUUAAUUUAAAUCAUUAUAGAAACGGUCAUGAACUAACUAGCAUGGACUUAGAUAUGACAGAGGAGGCUAUUGAAAUGCAGCCUGGGACUUCUGAACUAUCUUUAAACAGUUCUAAUGUUGUAAGUGAACGAGUUAGCUGUGUUUAAAAAACAAAAAGGUCCAAUGGACUUUCAGUACUUAGGUCAGUUUCAAAUAUUUGUGUAAAAAAAUGUAAGUCAUGUCAGACAAUAAUGUAAAUAUUUGUUACUUAUCGGAGGAAUUUUUUUUAAACACCUCCCUGCGGUACAGUGCUUCAGUCCAAUUAUUUAUGUCAAGGUAAAUUCCCAUUAUUUUGGGCAACAACUGUUUUUUUGGAUUCAAGGCUGGUGGAAUGGGAUGGCUUAAAAUAACAUGCAUGAAAAAAAGUUUGCUCUUAAUAUGUCAUUGGAUGACAUGUAAAACGUAAUAAAAUUGCUGCACAUACAAAUAUUGAUCCAUUAAAAAGUACAUACAUUUUUCAAAUGCUACCAACAUUCACAUUUUGUUUCCUUAACUUUUCUGUUUGUUUAAUGAUUUUAGAAAAAAAAUACUACAUAGAAAAACUGUAAGUGAGCAACUAAAGUGUAUGUAUAACCAUUUUUUUCCUGUUUUGGAUAGAGUGGGGAAGGUUUUUUUUUUCUCUCUGUGCCUUUAUGUAGAGAUUUCACUUUACAUCCUAUCCCAGAGAUACAACAAGAAGUGAGAGGAAAUUUCUGCAAGGUAGCAGGAAUUAAGCUUUUGAAUAGUCCCAACUGGACAAUUUUCCUAACCUCGGCCCUGAUUCACGAACGGCUUACGCCGACGUAUCUUCUUAGGCCCCGUACACACAGUCGGACCGAACCGAUGA